AUGGUCCACGCAAGCAUUGACCCCGCGCAGGCCAAGGCCGGGGCGAAGCUCAAGGAGAAGAAGCUCAAGCGCAAGGAGGAAGCGCGCUCCGCUACCAAGUCGAAGAGGGCCCCGGGCAAGACGGAGGAUGCCGCCGCCACGGAGUCAAAGAAGGACGAGAAGCGCCGCAAGCACAUGCUGCAACAGGCCGACGCUCUCGAGGCCCAGGGCCGGGAGAUGAUCCAAACAGCCCAGGCCAUGCGCGCCCGCUACGAAGCCGUCACUGAGAAGAAGGGGAAACAAUCCGCCAAGGGCAUCACCGAUCACUCUGACGAUACGACAUCUGACUCUUCUUCUUCUUCUUCUUCGUCCUCAUCCGACUCUGACUCUGAUUCCGACAGCGACUCGUCCGGCAACGAGGACGGCGGCGCCCCCGUCGACGCCGUCAUGGCGUCCGCCAACUCGCAGCUCCGCGCCGAGAGCGAAGGCUUGAGCGGUCCCACGAAAGAACCCACGAAGGCCGAGCUCGAGGCUGAUGCCGACACUGAAACUGCGACGAAGAAAAAGGCCAAGAAGGAGAAAAAGAAAGAAAAGAAGGCCAAGGCCGCGGACACGGACGAGGCAGAUGUUGCAGUUGAAGAGGACGUCAAGGAGAAAAAGAAAAAGACAAAGAAGAGGAACGACGCCGAGGUCACCGAUGAGACGGAGAGAGAGCCUGUCAAGUCCAAGAAGGAGAAGAAGGCCAAGAAAUCCAAGCCCCCCGUGGAGGCUGACUCAGAGUCCGACAAGGAGGUCGUUUCCAAAAAGGAGAAGAAGCAAAAGCGGAAGCGCGAGGUCGACGAGGACGAAGAGGCCGCCAAGGAGGACGUCAGCGCCAGCAAGAAAGACAAGAAGAAGAAGGCCAAGAAGACAGCCGAUGAGCCCGCUCCCCAGGCCAGUGCCGUCGGGGGCGAGCAGUGGAACGUCGGCGGCUUGGACGGCGGCGCCCAGCGACAGCAGAAGUUCUUGAAACUGCUCGGAGGAGGCAAGAAGGGUGCCGCUGCGGCACAGGCCCAUGGCAGCCGAGCCAACUCUGACAUAUCUCAGGUGAACCAGGACCUGGAGAAGCAGUUCAACGCGGGCAUGCACAUGAAGUUUGACGUCGGCGGCGGCCCGCGCCGCGGCCUCGGUGCUUAA